UUUUUUUGUUAUACUCUCUGAUAAAAAAAAAAAAGAAUUAUUAUUACCUCAGCCCUGCCUCAGCCUAAUUAAUAGAAGCAUAUAGAAGUGCUAUUUGUUGUUAUUAUUAUUGUUUUCUAUACGUCAGAAUGCUAACAGUGCUUAAAUUCUAUCGUCAGAUGAUUUUAAUUUUGGCUUUCAGUUGUUUUGCAAUUUGUAAAAAUGUGGGAGAAAUUUUGGAUCUAAAUAGCGGUCUUAACUUGACAAAAAAUGAUUAUAACAAUUUUUUGCAUCCACAUCGUGAUGAGGAAACGAAUGCGUUGCCUAAGGACGAUUUUAAAGAUAAUCUUAAAUAUGACGUAGAAAUCUUGGAACCGUACGAUAUGAGGAAAGAAACCGUAGAAAUCGAAGAGCGCUAUAGAGCUCCGUCAAUCAUUUUCAAUACAGAUAAAAUAAUUGAUGAAAAUAUUGAUUUAUUGAAUACCCUGAAUGAGAAAGAAUCAAUUGCACAAUUUUUCAGUGAAACUCGUUCAAUUUUCGUUAUAAUAUUGACUCUUAUUGCUGUACUUAUAAUUGUUCUAAUCAUUGUUCUAAUUGCACGUCGUUACCGUUUCGAUGAACGUUAUGGCAGAUCAGAACUGUUAAUCACAAAUGACAACAGAGAUUAUUGGUCUCGACAAUUUACUACAACAUCCUAAUAAACGGGAUGGCUUCGUUAGUGGGUUGAUCAGCCAUACAAAUAUUUAUUGUUUUUCAAUUUUUAUUUUUUUUUUUGGAUUCUUUCUUCC